AGGCAGGCAGGAGCCUCUUGCGUGAGCCUCGUCACUGAAUCGACCAGCUUGGACUACCUGAACCAAACACGCCCCACGACAUUUGACCCAUUAGCAUCAACACCACAUAUCUCCAAUUCUCAAACCCGACUCCCUCAACACCAGCAGUACCAACAAUUACAUAUCUUGAGGGACGCAGAACGCGAAUAAAGCCACCAUGUCUGACGGAGUUUUGAAGCCCGAGAAGGACUUCUCGAAGGAGGUUGAUCAGCAGCUCCCUGAAGCUGAGAAGCUGGCUGCGUCAAACAACCUUCAAGGCGCAAUUGAGAAACUUGCUGCUCUCGAAAAGCAAACCCGACAAGCCUCCGAUCUUGCAUCAACAUCACGAGUACUGAUCGCAAUCGUUACACUAUGCAAAAAUGCAGGCGACUGGAGUCUCUUGAACGACCAGACCUUGGUCAUGUCCAAGAAGCACAGCCAGCUUAAGCAAGCCAUCACCAAGAUGGUUCAGACCGUCAUGGGCUUCCUCGACGACACUCCCGACCUUCAGACCAAGCUCUCCGUCAUCGAAACCCUACGAACAGUCACAGAGGGCAAGAUCUUUGUUGAGGUCGAGCGAGCUCGUGUCACCAAGAUUCUUUCUGAUAUCAAGAAGAAGCAGGGUGACCUCAAGUCCGCCACCGAGAUUCUUUGCGAGCUACAAGUCGAGACUUUUGGAUCCAUGGACCGAAGGGAAAAGACCGAGUUUAUUCUGGCCCAGGUUGAGCUAUGCAUUGAGAGUGAAGACUGGACACAGGCCGCCAUUCUUGGCCGCAAGAUUAGCACCCGAUACCUUUCUCGCAAGCCCAAGAAGACAGCCGAGCAAAUCGAGAAGGAGCAAAAGGAGCGAGAGAAGAAGAUAGCCCGCGGCGAGGAGGUACCCGAGGAGAAGGAAGACGACACAACCGACCUCAAGCUGCGAUACUAUGAGCAGCAAAUCAUUCUUGCCAAGCACGAGGAGAAGUACCUCGAUGUCUGCAAGCACUACCGCCAGGUCUUGGACACAGAAGCCGUUGAGGAGGAUCCAGCCAAGCUUCGCCCUGUCCUUCAGCGUAUCAUCUACUUCGUCAUUCUAGCUCCCUAUGACAAUGAGCAGCACGAUCUCCUCCACCGAAUUCACAAAGACACCCGUAACUCAGAAGUCCCCGCGGAAGCCGAACUUCUACGACUUUUUACUGUGCACGAGUUGAUGCGAUGGCCCGAGAUUUCUAAGAGAUUUGGACCUCAUCUCUGCAGUACCGAUGUCUUUGACGUGCAGCCUGGCCAGUCUUCAGACGACAAGGCACAUAAGCGAUGGCAAGAUCUCCGAAAGCGAGUGAUCGAGCACAACGUGCGAGUCGUCGCUAAGUACUACACUCGCAUCCAGAUGAGCCGCCUUACGCAACUACUGGAUUUGACCGAGGACGAGACCGAGAAGUACAUCAGCGAACUUGUGACUUCCAAGACCGUUUAUGCCAAGAUUGAUCGACCCGCACGAAUCGUCAACUUUGCUAAGCCUCGAGAUGCUGACGAUGUUCUCAACGAAUGGAGUCACAACAUGAAGAGCCUUUUGGGCCUGCUCGAGAGAAUUGAUCAUCUCAUCACCAAGGAAGAGAUGAUGGCGCGGAUUCAGCCUGCCAAAUAAGGGUUCGGAGUAAUGGAUAGAGCUGUUUAUCAUCAUGACGGUAUGGGUGUUCUGUAUUAUACAGGUUAGAUAGUCCCCAGGAUGAGGAUAUAUGACAUGACAUUCAGUCUACUUAAGUCUAUCUAUUUGCAGUCUAUAUGUAUAAUCUAAACAGCCCAUAAUUACAGCUCCGCCUUGGGCUCUUUGUCUUGACCAUGUUCCUUGAUAAACCCAGCUAGUGGUGCUGCCCAUUGUUUGUUCACGGGUACGUGGUGGCCUCCAGGGUGGAUAAGCACGAGAGGGUCCUCGCAACGAUCUGAAAGUGCGCGACUUCGGUCUUCAUCAACCACUGUGUCAAGACUGCCCACGAAAUGCAGCGUGGGAGUCUUGAUCUUGGGUCCAAAGCAAAAUUGUAGUGAGUCGGGAGUUGCCCAGAAGCCUGAGUAACAUACGGCGAACUUGAGAGGGUUUCCAGAAUUUGCCUCUCUCAACCCUCUCGCCCAAUUUCCCUCCUUUCCCUCUGGUACAGCACGAUCCGGCUCCAUCGCUGCCGCAACGAGAGCAGCCAUGGCAGCACCUUGACUGAAGCCGCACACCGCAUCGAUGCCUUCCGAGUCACGGAUAGCCUGUGCGACGGUAGCCAUUCCCUCGUCUAGCAGACGGUAGUUCCCAGAAGCUUCAUCCUUGCGCCACCAAGCCCAGGUGUCAGGCUGGUAGUCCUCAGCCUGCGGCUCCUCAGGAGGUUGAUAGCCGGGAAUGUCUUCCGGGCUAAGCCGACUAGGACCCGUGGCAUAAAGAAAGACAGGGAGAAGUGAGAUAGGGUUGAGAAGCUUGACGAUAGUUUUCUCUAAAGCGCGAGUCUUGGCACGGAAGAGCUCGCCAGACUGUGUGAAGCC